UUAGCAGUUCUCUCUGUGAAAUCGUAGUGUAAAGACGUUCGAACGGUUCAUAUUACGAACACGGUGCUGGCGGAAGACUACUUCAUAUCUAAAUAGUGUGGUGCUUGUUGUAGCUGCUCUACCCAUUAGCCUUGUUGUUUGUUGGAUUUAGUGUGCAUAUACAAGUACAUAGGUAUGUGGGUGCUGAACGUCUUCUAUGAGCAUACACAUGUAGUACAUACAUACUUACAUUGAAUAAUAUUGCAACGAAAUUCUGUUCCAAGUGCGUCGAACGCUCCGGGAUGCUUUUGCAAGUCUCUUGGGUGCGGCAUAGAGACAUCCAUUUGCUAACUGUGGGACGAUAUACAUAUACAUCUGAUCAGCGCUUCCGUGCAAUACAUCAACCACAAACCGAAGACUGGAUAUUGCAAAUAAAAUACCCCCAACACCGAGAUUCUGGCAUAUACGAGUGCCAAGUAUCGACCACUCCGCACAUGAGUCAUUACAUUCACCUAAAUGUUGUUGAACCGUCAACGGAGAUAAUCGGUGCGCCCGAUUUGUACAUUGAGAGUGGUUCAACAAUAAACUUGACCUGCGUCAUUUUGAAUUCACCGGAACCUCCUGCUUAUAUAUUUUGGAAUCACAACAACGCUAUAAUUAACUACGACUCUCCACGGGGUGGCGUUUCGGUUGUAACCAAUAAAGGAGAGACUACGACUUCGUUUCUUCUCAUAAAAACGGCGCGGCCCUCGGAUUCCGGACACUACCAGUGCAAUCCAUCAAAUGCGAAACCUAAGAGUGUAACUGUUCAUGUAUUAAAUGGUGUUUCUCAUUCGGUUUCCAGGGGAGUUCCCAGCAGCAAUGCAGCGCGCGGGACUAGUGCAUCAUCGAAUGUCCCAAGGCCAUUAUCUCCUAGUGUACCUGUCAAUGUACUUGUGCACCUUAGCGUAUGUCAGGUGGUAUAUGCAGCUAUUGGUAGCACCUGUCACCAAACAAGCAAAAAUAUGAGGCAUUUAGUUGCGCGUGCUUUGAGCGUACUCGUGUUGCUGGCAACCGAGCUUUUUGGCAAGCGACAAGCGAUUCGACGAAAGUGCGGCACAUAUACCAACAAGAAUUGCGUCUGCUCCGGCAACGAUGUUCAGCUCAGCAGGAAUGCGCUCCUACAACAACAACAACAUGCAUUCGUAAAACAUAAGGGCACUCGCCAUAAAGUCGGAUAUCGGAGAGUAAUUUUUAAAACGGGUCAUCACGGCGAGCUUCGCUUCAAAUUGAAACAGCCUAAAUUCAGCAGUAUUGUUAACAAAAUAUGCAGUGUGCAGUUCAAUAGACAAAAAUUCGAACCGGAUAUCAGGUGAGUGUACCUCAGUUGAAAGCCUCUUCACAGAUUCCAAGGGCUUGUCUAUUACUGAGCGUGAGCGUGUAGUCGGUGAGAAGGAUAUUUGAGAAAAAAUCGAAUGCAGACUCAACAAAUCCGCACUAAACUCAACUAUACUUACUAUAGGUAUGUUAUGAUAAUGAAUUUAGAAUUGUUUUCGUAUUGUAUGUAUAUUUUUGGAAUAUGCUUGGUUUAAAUUUUCUACUUGAGGUAAACCAGCCCUUUUUUGUAAUCGAAUGAAAAAUUUUAGACAAAUUGGAAUGUAUGUAUGUAUAUUUACUCCUAAGUAAGUAAAGCUGUAAAUAAUUAUCAAAUAAUACAAUACAAUAUAACGUAAAAAAAGCAUAACUAAGCGGCAAAGAAAAUUCGCUUCAAUGUAGAUUACUAGUGAAAUUCUAAAUUGCUAAAAAUAAAUAAAGUGAGUGAAAAUUACUAAACUUAAACGAAAUAAAAAAUGUUCUACCAAGUUGAAUGCUGUAAAGGCCUACAUACAUAACUAAAAGUUAAUUGUAGGCAUUACAAACUAUAUACCUUUUUCACAUCGAUGCAGAAUUCCUUAGGGCCUUAGGUUGUUUCUUUGUUUUUAAUUAUCUGAUGUGCUAAUCUUUCAAUAUUUUAUUAAAAUUAGAAUCGACUUUUGUAAUGCAAUCUUCUGCAGCAGACACUCAUUCAAAAGCAUGCAUACAUAAAUAUGUACAUACUUAGUUAUAUUUACAUAUGUAUAUACAUACAAAUGACGAACGCGUAAAAGUAAAAACUGAAGAUUAAUUUUUGGUAAUUUAAAAAUUGGACAUAAUUAUUCCAUAACUUCAAACUUUUAAAUAAAAAUAUUUGGGUGUUUGAAAACGUAAAUAAUUGGUAAUUUAAAAAUUUGGUAUAUGUAUAUUUUUGGUCAUUCCAAAAAAAAAAAAAACAAUUUAAAACUUGACUAAUAAAAUUGGCAUGAAAGUAUGGACUAAAUCUUUAAAGUAUAUUAAUUAUGGACUGGUAAAAGACAGA